AUUUCAAUCUCUCCCACCGUCCUUGUCCAAAUUUACCAAACACCAACAAAAGGGAACCCCCAAAUCUAACAAAAUAAGCAGCCAAAAAAUCUGACUCCGAACUCGGAUUCCAAUAUGUUUAACCGGCGACUAGUAUCUCUGAUCAUCGCGACGGCGUCGUUGUUACUACUCACCAUCGACGCCAAAACCUUAGACCCCUACAAGGUUCUUGGAGUGGAGCGAAAUGCGAGUCAACGUGAAAUUCAGAAGGCUUUCCACAAGCUUUCUCUUCAAUAUCACCCAGACAAGAAUAAAGCCAAGGGAGCUCAAGCGAAGUUUGCUGAGAUAAAUAAUGCGUAUGAGAUUUUAUCUGAUGAGGAGAAGAGGAAAAAUUAUGAUAUGUAUGGAGAUGAAAAGGGAAAUCCUGGAUUUCAAGCUGGUUCGCCAGGGGAUCAUGGUGGAUAUACUUACUUCACCAAUGGUGGACCAGGACACAACCAGUUUACCUACAGACCAAGUGAUUGGCAGAGCAUGGGUGGGCAGGGAGGUUCCAAAUCAUUCUCCUUUUCCUUUGGUGGCCCCAGUGAUGGUCCAAGUCCAUCCGGUUUCAGUAUGAAUGACAUUUUCUCAAACUUUUUUGGGGAUAAUUCUGGAGCUGGAGGUCAGUUUGGUGGUUUCACUGGUUCAAGCAGGGCUCGACCUGGCUCUCAGAGUACUCCGAAGAGCAUUAGGGCCCUCAAUUCACAGGUUUAUAAGAAAGAAAUAGUUGACCGGGGAAUGACGUGGCUCUUGUUCUCUUAUACAACCUCUUUGAAGGGGCAUCAGCAUGUUGAAUCUAUGAUAGAGGAAGUUGCCAGCUCACUGAAGGGUGCCGUAAAGGUUGGAAGUGUAAACUGUGACACAGAGGCAUCACUCUGCAAGGACCUUGGCAUAUAUCCACGCAGAAUGCCCAGGGUAUUUGUUUAUUCAUACAAAGCGAGUGAGAAGGGUUUGUUGGUUGAGUAUGAUGGCGAUUGGGGUGCUAAACCUUUAAAAUCCUUUUGCCAAGACCAUUUGCCAAGGUUUUCAAAGAGGGUCGACUUGAACUUCUUAAAGUCCUCCUCUGUCACAGUUGAUAAAUUUCCUACGGUGGUCCUCCUCUCCACCAAAAAAGAUACUCCUGUUAUCUGGCGUGUCCUCAGUGGACUGUAUCACAAACGCAUCAUUUUCUAUGAUGUACAGGUCCAGGAUGCUUCUGAUCCAACAGUGAAGAAACUAGGAGUUGAUGCACUACCAGCUAUAGUUGGUUGGCUAUCAAAUGGGGAGAAGCAUGUCUUAAAAACAGGCAUCGCUGUUAAAGAUUUGAAAUCAGCAAUUCAUGAUCUCAGUGGUUUAAUUGAAGGUUUUGAGAAGAAGAACAAGAAGGCAGCUUCAGAUCAGUCCAAGAAAGCAUCAACCGAUUCCAGGGAGAAUCAGAUACCUCUACUGACAAAAUCUAAUUUUGAUGCUCUCUGUGGUGACAAAAUCCCAGUUUGCAUCAUUGGUGCAUUCAGAUCUUUCAAAGAAAGAAAGAAGUUGGAAUCAGUUCUGAACACGGUCUCUCAGAAAUCAUUAUCAAGGCAACAGAACUCGGCGCAUGGCAGGGAUUCCAUCUCCUACACUCUCUUGGAUGCCACCAAGCAGGCAUCAUUCUUAAACGCAUUCGACAAAGCAGGAUUUAAAUCUUUAGAUAAGGUCUUGGUGGCCUACAAACCUCGGAAGGGGACUUUUGCAGCAUUUGAGGGUGAAAUAACUACAGAAGAAGCAGAGAAGUUUAUUAGUGCAGUUCUUAACGGGGACAUCCGAUUCACCAGAACACGACAGAGCCCCCUUCUUAUAUGAGUGAAAAGUAAGCCUGGACAUAGCUCUAGACCCUGGCUGUUUUGUACAUACCUAUAGCAAAGAAAACAAUUUUUUUAGGCUAUAGUUAACGACCCUAUGAGUUUUGGUCCUGGUUACGAGAUCUGGUUAUCCCACAACUUGUGAGGACUGCAUUAAGCAUUCAAGAUGAUUAGUAUGUUGGUUAACUGCAGCAGUGGCUUUUUGUAAUGCCAUGGUGCUCUAAGUCCAUUACCUUUGGUUGUAAUAAACGGUGUAAUUUAUGUUGGGGAAUGCAGGGCGGCCUUAAUACAAGGCCGAUGGAUAAUUGGUUAUCUCAGGA